AUGAAAGCCCUGCCAAAGUUCCUGGCUGGUCUCGUGGUCUUUGGGCUCACCAUCACGGGUGCCUUCGCCCAAGAGGAUGACGAAACCGCAGAAGAGGGAGGUGAAGCCGUUGGCCAGGCGAACUCGACGUAUUAUAAUCCAAUUUUCCCUGGCUUCCACCCUGAUCCUAGCUGCAUAUUUGUGCCAGAAUGGGACGACACGUUCUUCUGCGCUGCGUCGAGCUUCAAUGCGUUUCCUGGGAUUCCGAUCCACGCGAGCAAGGAUUUGAAGAAUUGGAGGCUGAUUGCUCACGUUCUUAAUCGCCCCGAGCAGCUUCCCAGGUUGGCGGAGACGAACCGUUCGACUAGCGGAAUAUGGGCACCUACCCUCCGAUACCAUGACGAUGCCUUUUGGCUUUUCACUACGCUCGUAGACGACGAUAGACCUCAGGAGGACGCUUCGAGAUGGGACAACAUCUUCUUCAAGGCGGAGGAUCCGUUCGAUCCUCUCUCGUGGUCCGAGGCUAUCCAUUUCGAAUUCGAGGGAUACGAUCCGUCCCCGUUUUGGGACGAGGAUGGAAAGGUUUACGUCACGGCAGCGCAUGCUUGGAGAGUCAGCCCUGGAAUUCACCAGGCUGAAAUCGAUCUCGAGACGGGCGACGUUGGCGAGUGGACAGUGACUUGGGAGGGAACGGGUGGACUUGCUCCCGAGGGCCCGCAUAUCUACUUCAAGGACGGAUAUUACUAUCUCCUCGCAGCCGAAGGCGGUACGGGAAACGAGCACAUGGUGACUGUUUCUCGAUCUGAAAGCAUCAGCGGGCCGUUCGAGUCGAAUCCUGCGAACCCCAUUCUCUCCAACGCGAAUACGACGAGCCUCUUCCAAGCAGUUGGCCAUGCCGACCUUUUCCAGGAUGGAUCCGGAAAUUGGUGGUGUGUGGCACUUUCAGUCAGGGGCGGUGCUGAGUACCUGCACUUCCCAAUGGGUCGGGAGACCGUGUUGGCGCCCGCUCGUUGGGAAGAGGGCGAAUUCCCCGUAGUUGACCAAAUUAAGGGAACUAUGGAGGGAUGGCCCAUGCCAGAGGAGAAUACAAGCCUUGAAGGUAUUGGCCGCUGGGUCUCGGAUCGAGAAGAUGACAUCGACUUCGCCCCGGGCUCGCCAAUCCCUCCCCAUUUCCAAUAUUGGCGCUAUCCGAAUGAAGAUUAUUUCGAGGUCUCUCCCGACGAGCACCCGAAUAGCCUGCGAAUCAACCCCUCCAAGAUUAAUCUCACCGCCCUAAAUGGGAACUACGCAGGGCCAGGUGGCCAGGCUUUCGUUGGGAGGAAGCAGCAGGAUACUCUUUUCACCUACAGUGUCAACCUCGACUUUGAUCCUUCACAGGGAGAGGAGGAAGCCGGCAUUACCGCUUUCCUCACUCAAAACCACCACCUCGAUCUCGGCGUCGUGCUUUUACCAGCAGGCUCAAAGACGGCUGAUUUCCCCGGUAGACCCCGCGCUGGCAACGAGAGUACAGCGGAAGAGGGGGAGCUUGUUCCUCACUUCCGAUUUAGGGCUGAAUCAUACGUACCUGUUCCCGAUACUUUGGUGGUGCCCGUCCCCGAGGCCUGGAUUGGAGAGACGCUGCGGCUUGAGAUUAGCGCGAAGAAUAACACGCACUAUUCGUUCUCUGCAGGACCGGCGAGGGCGAGGUCAGAGAUACAGACUAUUAUUGACGUGUCGAAUGAGCCUUUGAGCUGGGGAUUUACUGGCGUCAUCCUAGGCAUCUAUGCCACGAGCAAUGGUGGGAAUGGGUCGACGCCUGCAUACUUCUCGGAGUGGAAGUAUGUUCCUCAGGAACAGUUCCGGGACUAA